AUGUCGCAGAUACCACGCCAGGAAAUUCAUGCUCUUUACCGUUCCUACCUGCGCCUGGUACGGGAUUGGCCAGCAGAUAAAGUACGACCUAAUCGCGACAUGAAGCAGAUGCUGGCCAAGCGAGUGGAAGAGACUUUUCGACAACCGUUGCAGAGUGAAACUGAAGUUUUCAACAUUGAUAAAGCCAAAAAGCAGCUGGAUGCACUUGAACGAUUACUGGAUAAUGAAUUCAAGCUAAAGUAUCCCUUGUCGGACAAAAUCUUGUCACCUGCAAGCAAUCCCAAAUACUAUUCAAGUCUUAUCUCCUCUCUGAGCAAAGAUGGCAAGAGCUCCCUAGCAAGAUUAUUCAACAAAUAA